AUACAACAGGGAACAACUGAGACACUGUACUGCUGAGAUAUGAUUACCAAUUGAUAGAGUAUUGAAAAAAAGAAUCAUUCGACUUAACAGGAAAUUUAUCAUUAAAGUCUUCGUUUUGUGUUGUGAUGCAACGUCCUUGCCUGAAUUGAGGGAACCUUCUGUCAAGAUGUUCAUCAGCACAUCGCUGUGGUUUAUAAUGAUUGAAAUUAGUUGUAGCUAUGGAUAUGAAAACAUAGCUUUGAAUAAACCAACACACCAGUCGCACAUAUAUUAUAGUAAAGAUUACCCAGCUUCUACAUUUGAGUCCAGUAAUGCUGUUGAUGGUCAGAAGACUAACCUCUCAGCAUUUGGAGGACAAUGUGUUAUAUCAGCUGAUGGAUAUAAAGACGCAACCUGGUGGGUUAACUUGACGUCCAUCCACAGCAUUCACGGAAUAAGGAUUUACUACAGAACGGAUAAUAGUCCAUGGAACGCUACUAAUGGCUACACCGCUAGAUUUUUAGGAUUUCAUGUCUAUGUAUCAAACACAACAAACAUAGAAGAUGGUCAUCUCUGUUUCCAUGACACAAAGUAUAACAGAUCCACAAUACCUGCUGUCUUCAACACAACAUGUCCUGUACAUGGGCAAUACGUCAUCUACUAUAAUGAAAGACCACAAAAUCCAAUACAUGGUAGUCAGCUUUCAGACAAUUCGUUCAAUGAACUAUGUGAAGUGGAAGUAUACGGUUGUAAUAAAACAGGAUAUUAUGGACCGGAUUGUUCCCUUCCCUGUCCUGACAACUGUCGUUAUUGUCACAUAGAAACAGGUGCUUGUCAGGGUUGUAAACCUGGGUAUAAAGGACAUCGAUGUGAACUUCAAUGUGGUAAUAGAACCUACGGAGAUAAGUGUAUGGAAGAUUGUGGAACCUGUCUGGGAUACAAACAAUGUCACCACUUAAAUGGAUCAUGUCUAGAAGGCUGUGACGCUGGAUAUGAAGGAGAUCUCUGUAAAACUGGUUGUGAGAGUGGAAAAUUUGGUAUUAAUUGUAAGGGAAAUUGUAACAAAAACUGUUUGGUGCCCUAUGUAUGCAACGGAACGACUGGAGAAUGUGAGGGCGGAUGCCAGCCUGGCUGGGAAGGACUUCAUUGUAAUAAAACAUGCAGAAACAAUAGGUAUGGUUCAUAUUGUAAUCAAUCUUGUGGUUAUUGUCGAGAUGAUGCUAAAUGUCAUCACAUCAAUGGAACUUGCCAGAGUGGAUGCAAGCAGGGAUACAGAGGCGUUAACUGUACAACUGAAUGCACCCUAGGAACAUUUGGAUUUGACUGUAAAGAAAACUGUAGCAAAAGAUGUUUUGAAACCUGCAACCCAGUUAACGGAAACUGUCCGGCUAUAAAAGAAACGUCCUUUCAGAUAAGCAAUAGCGUCAAUUUUGGUAUAGUCAUUAGUGGAAUUGUCGGGGUUAUUAUUCCUUGUCUUAUAGUUGUGAUCGUGGUUCUAGUUUUAAAAAGAAGACACAGUUUGCAAAAGAAUAAUUCAGAUAGUGAACGAACAAAAACAAGAGACAAAUCGAGAAAAGGGGUGCCUGAGACAGAAUUUACUAGCCAUGAUUCAAAUUCGACAUCGACGAGCAGCAGCGGAAACAAAUUCUCAAAAACACGAAACAACAAUCCAAGGAAAUCGCAGAAGAAAGGUGAUGAGGCUGAUGUUGAUGACGAUGAGAUACUGCAUUUCGAGAAUCCCUAUGGAGAUUUUUAUGCUAAUGAAAUGACUAUGUGGGAUAUACCUCUAAAUCAGCUAGAGUCGGUUAUAACUGAGAAACGAAUGAAUGAAAAUGAAGGUUUUCAAAGAGAGUAUGCGACAUUACCAUACGGGGAACUCUACAAAUGUGAUGAAGGAAAAAAAGAGGAAAAUUUGGUUAAAAAUAGAUAUAAGACAACCUUUCCCUAUGACCAUUCGAGAGUUAUUCUGAGGACAGAGGCAAAUUCUGGGUACAUAAACGCCAACUACAUUGAGGGUUCAAGUAGAAAUAAUGAGUAUAUAGCAACACAAGGACCAAAGCAGAACACACUUGUUGAUUUUUGGACGAUGAUUUGGCAAGAAAAUGUGUCUUCAAUCGUUAUGCUAACGAACCUGCAAGAAGGAACAAAAAUGAAAUGCAGUCAGUAUUGGCCAGAUAUUAGUAAGAAGAACAACUACGGAACCGUCAAUGUGAAGUUGAUGGAGGAAAAAAUGUAUGCAUUCUACAUUUUAAGAAGGAUGUCUGUGAGUCACAAUGAGUCGAAGAAAUCUCGAACAGUGACUCAAUUUCAUUACACAGCCUGGCCAGAUCACGGGACCCCUGAUCCAAUCUGUCUUAUUGUUUUCCUUGAUCACGUUAACCAAACAAAAACCAAUCAAAUUAACUCCCCGACAGUUAUACACUGCAGUGCUGGUUUAGGUAGAACGGGAACAUAUAUAGCAUUAGACACCUUGGAAAAGAUAGGAAGAAAGACAGGGAAAGUCAACGUAGCAGAGUAUGUCAAGAAGAUGAGAGAAAGCAGGAUGAAUAUGGUCCAAACAUAUGAACAGUACAUGACGGUUUUUCUUGCAUUGAAUGAAAUAUUUAAGGCGCCAAUAAACAACCAUACUAUUGAGGACUUUACCAGAAAGGCCGGAACCAUGACGACGGAUGAACCCGCCAAUCAUAGUGCUUUACGAAAAGAAUUCCAGCUUUUGAUGAAGAUACGACCUAUUUACACCGAUGCUGACUUUAAAAUCGCUAAAGAGCUUUGUAGGGAUGGACCUAUCACCGGUUUUUUGCCAUUGGAUAAAUAUAUUGUUUAUCUUUCAACACCUGUCACGAAUCGAGGAAGUUUCAUCAAUGCGAUCUACGUACCGUCAUUCACCAACAAUUGGGCCUUUAUUGUAACUAACUAUCCAUCGGAAGGGGACGCUGUUGAUUUUCUGCGCCUGCUCUGUGAACAAGAGUCCAGUACUGUAAUUUGUAUGGACCCCCUGAAUGAGAUUGAAUCGUGUAAGGCCUGGCUACCAAGUCAAACCUCCUCCUACAAUUCAGUACCUCCUUUCACCAUAAACUUCCAAUCAAGAACUGAGACCGAUGUCUGCAGCCUCAUUGUUCACAUCCGGCAGAAAAAUGUUAAGAAGCCUCGGACAGUGACGAUAAUAGAGCCAAGAUCUAGCAUCAAGACUUCCGGAACACCUUUGGAUACUUCCCAGUUUCGAAGCCUGGUUUCUGCUGCAUCAAGCGCGGAAACAGAAAAUCCUGUCAUUGUUGUCAGCAGCGAUGGAGCUGUCCUUUGUGGUGCCUUUUGUGCAGUUCAUAAUGUGAUUCAACAAAUCUAUAUGGAUGCAAUGGUGGAUGUUUUUACAAAUGUCAGACAGCUUCAAGUACGAAGACCCGAAUUCUGCUCCAGUCUUGAAGAAUAUGGGCUGGUCAUGAAGGCCGUGAACGAUCACAUUCAGCGAGGCACUGAAAACAUAUACUCCAAUCAAUAGAAAUUCAUCAAUAAGGGAUGAUAUGCAUGUAAUAAUGAUGAAAUUCAAAAGUUCAUCAAACAUAUAGACUUAAUUGUUAAAAAAAAAAUAUCUUUUUCUUACAUUAUAAAGAUUAUAGGUAAAGGAUGAUAUUACAUUUGAGCCGAAUUAAUUUUUUUAUGUUAAAGAGGUAAUUUUUGGGUUUAAAAAUACGCAAUGCAUAUACUUGUUGAAUUAUAACAUUUUGAAACCUUAACACUGGGUAGAAUAUGUUUUACAAAUUUCGAAAAUGUCACUAUUAUCAUUUCCUUCUUAAUAAUUCGUACAUGACAAAAAUAUAAAAAAAAUAACUCACUGAAAAUAAGAAAAGAAAUAAAUGUUUC